AUGCAACAACUGUGUUGUUGUUGUUGUUGUUGUUGUUGUUGUUGUUGUUGUUGUUGUUGUUGUUGUUGUGUGUGUGUGUAUGUCGCUGCUCUGGUCCCAGCUGGCCUCUUUUGUCCUGACCACACUGAUCAGCAUGCACCGUCCCACAGGAGCAUCUGUCCCAGCAGACGCUGCUUUUGUCCCCCGCUCAGAGACUGACUGACGUCUCCAACCUCUGUCCACAGAAACUAACAGCAAGGUGGUUCGUACCCGUGCUGAUGGAGAAGCCGCCACGCUGACGGAGGACGUCCGUUUCAGUGGGCCGAGAAAUCAUCUCCUCCGAAGCCAUGGUCAGAUACGGAGAGCUCAUCGUUCUCGGGUCUAACGGCUCUCCGCCCGGCGGGGAGAAGGGGAGGCGGAGGAGCCGCCUGGCCCUGUGCAGCAGGAGCAAGGCGAACGGAGUGAAAGCCGGCGCGGUGCACCCGUCGUGCACACCGCAGGCCGCCAAGGCGGUCAGCAGCAAGGAGCAGCACAGCAUCUCGUACAGCGUGUCCGGCUCGCAGACCGUGGUGGUGGAGUACGCUCACGACUGCACCACCGACAUGUUCCAGAUCGGUCGCUCUACGGAGAACCCCAUUGACCUUGUGGUGACGGACACGGUUCCAGUGGUUCAGGAACAGGGCCGGUCUGAUGCUCAGGCGCUCCAGAGCACCAUUUCCCGCUUCGCCUGCCGCAUCAUCUGCCAGAGAGACCCGCCGCACGCCGCUCGGAUCUACGCCGCCGCCUUCGACUCCUCCAGGAACAUCUUCCUCGGGGACAAAGCUGCCAAGUGGAGGACGAAGGACGGCCGGAUGGACGCUCUGACCACAAACGGCGUCCUGGUGAUGCAUCCUCUCCGCGGCUUCAGCCAGGACUCCAGACCGGGCGUCUGGAGGGAGGUGUCGGUCUGCGGGGGGGUCUUCGCCCUGCGGGAGACCCGGUCGGCUCAGCAGAGCGGGAAGCCGGUGGACUCCGAGUCCAACGAGCUGGUGGACGGUUCCCUCAUCGACCUCUGCGGUUCCACGCUGCUGUGGCGGACCGCCGAGGGCCUGGCGCUGACGCCCACCGUCAAACACCUGGAGGCGCUGCGGCAGGAGCUGAACGCCGGCCGGCCGCAGUGCCCGGUGGGCCUCAGCACGCUGGCCUUCCCCAGCCUCCGCCGCAGGGACGUCCCGGACCACCGGCAGCCCUGGGCCUACCUGGCGUGCGGCCACGUGCACGGCUACCACGGCUGGGGGGGGCGGCGGGACCCGCAGGUGGAGGCGGAGCGCCAGGUGAGAGAGUGCCCCAUGUGCCGGGCGAGGGGCCCUUACGUGCCGCUGUGGCUGGGCUGCGAGGCCGCCUUCUACGUAGACGCCGAGCCCCCCACCCACGCCUUGGCCCCCUGCGGUCACGUCUGCUCGGAGAAGACGGCGGCCUACUGGAGCCGGGUCCCGCUGCCGUGCGGGACGCACGCCUUCCGCGCCGCCUGUCCGUUCUGCAUCGCGCCGCUGAGCGAGCGCCCCGGCGGCGUCAGGCUCAUCUUCCAGAGCCCGCUGGACUGAGACCCCUCAGACCUGAUCCCAGGUCUCUCUAACUGAGUUUAACCUCAUUCCAGGCUCUGCCGUUGUUUUUUAGGGAUGUCCCAAUCCGAUCGGAACAUUUGGCGAUUUCUGAUUGAUCAGCAAAUCCGGCUGAUCACCUCACCGAUCGGCUGCCGUCCACUGGAUGAUUAGCGGCCAGCGCAUUAGCAGCGUUAGCAUCCAGAGGCUAACAUGUCAGCAGUCUGGAGGUCCAGUCCUGCCUCCAGAUCCAGACCUGACCUGGGAUCACAUGAGAACCGUUUGAGACGUUACCCUCCAGCCAGCAUAGAGCUGUGCUCCAUGUAAGCAACGGAACUUUCCCAACAGGACGGUGAAUGAAAAGUCGCACUUUUCUCAAUAAAAGUCAAUGCAGGCUUACAGUAAUUUAAAUGUACAUUUUCCAAAUAAAACUUUUUAUUUAUUAUUUUUUUCUGCUAUAUUUGUAAUAUAGCUUUAGUAAUGAACCUAUCAGAUUCAGAAAGUAUCGGCAUUGACUGAUUCUGGAAUAUGACUCAUGGGAUCGUUUCGGGGCAGAAAACGGCGAUCAGGACGUCUCUGCUGUAUUUAUUGAGCCUCUUGAGUAUUUAUUGAUCCGAGCCUCUUUUUGAACGCAGUUUAGUUCUCUAAAUCCUUCAUGGACCCAGCAGGUCGUGUGUGAAAGAAACCAAUCGAUCACUCACAACUUCCAUGUGAGUUUUGUGUCAACAUCCUGUUUGUUCACAUGACAACGUGGCAUUCAUUGAAUUUUUGUUGUUUAUGUUUACAGUGCAGUAAUCUUUAUUUUUUUGAUUGAUUUUUGUAAAGAAAUACUCAUAAAUGUGAAUUAUACAACCUAAGAACCACUUAUGUUACUCUCUAACAGAGUUCAUCAAUAAAAUAUGUUGUGUGUAGAGAAAUUAACAUUUGAACAGACUGAAGACUGGAGUCCUGUUUCUUGACUUUACUAAUGUGGUUUUACUGUUUAUACUAUUUAUUGUGGUUUGGACAUUUUUCACA